AUGAGCGAUGACGCUCACCAUGCGCAGCUCCAUGUCGGAGAGAACAAGCUCCAGUUCCGUCCUCUGACGUGUCGCUGGACAACCCUUGAGCCACUGCGCCAAGGCCUCGUAGAUGCGAAGGUGGUGCGGCAGGUUCUGCACGACACGAGCGGCGCAGCUGUGCGGGACGCCAAUCAGUCUGUAUACCUUCUACCUACAGUGAAGCGCGCAGAGGAGCUUCUUCCUCAUGGCGAGGUUAUCAGUGAUGAGCUUCGAGCGCUAUUUCUGCGAGCUCACUCCCGUCCAGCCGCGCAAGUCAGAGGAGAGUGCGGUGAUCUCUCCAGCGAGGGCGACUGGGACGACGCCGACGCCGAUGAUGAUGACACGUGGGGGUCGAUGAGUGGGGCCAAGCUUCCACUUGGGCAAUUGCGUGGUGCGUUCAGCAAAGAAUCACGCGAGGAGUUUCUCUAUCACACUGUCUGGCGACUGGUCGCUGGUAGCGGGCCGCUGAAUCAGUUUGAAGAUGACGCAGCCGUGUACUUGGAUGCCGCGCGAGAGUUGUAUCGCUGCCUUGUCAAGUCGCUUCACGUUGUGGAAGUGGCUGAGCAAGAGAAAAUGGACGAUGAGGUGGCGUUGGAGGCGCCAGACAACACCUUGGCUCGGUAUAAAGCUGUGGUGGACGCUUCUAUUUACGAAGUCACUGCCGCUCCAGGGAUGACGUUGUUUCCCCGAAGCGAUGGCGUGCACCCAAGCAACUUGAACUACUGUUACGUCGUUGUCAAUCCAUCCGAGCAAACCGCAACCGUGUGGUAUCAUCGGUGCUGA